AUGGCAACAGCUGCAGGCAGCCGCCUUCUCUUAGGCCGCGCGACGGCACCAGCGGCCUCGCGCUGUUCUUGCAGACGCCGGGCUUCAAAUUUUUGCUCUCCUUCACACUCUUGCCACAAUUGGAUUGGUCCUCCUGAUCGAUGUUCAAACUUCCGACCAGUAAUAUUUUAUAUUCCUAAACAUGAAUCCCCAUUUGAACGAAGACUUAGAGAGCUUAGACAGGAAACUCAGGUUUGGAAUCAACAGUUCUGGGCAAACCAGAAUAUAUCAUUUCAAAAGGAAAAAGAUUUUGUUUGCUCCAGAUUGAAAGCCAAAGGUCUACAACUGAGAGAUGAAAAGGGCCGGAAAGUAACACUGAAUGCAGAAGAAAUGGCUGAAUUUUACAAGGGUUUUUUAAGUAAGAACUUCAAAAAACAUAUAGACUAUUAA